AUGCAACGAGUUCGGCACCGGUGUCUCAGCAUGGAAUUUGAAGAUUCGUUUGGUGUUCUAAACGACUUACAGCUAGCCGCUGAACUGGGCAAGACUCUGCUGGAGAGAAAUAAAGAAUUGGAGACCAACCUGAGGCAACAACAAAAUGUCGUGGAAGAUCGCAAUCAAGAGAUCGAGUAUCUCACCAAGCAAACGGCCGCUCUGAGAGAAGUGAACGAUUCCAGGCUGCGCAUUUACGAGCAGUUGGAAAUCAGCAUUCAGGAUCUGGAGAGGAAUAACCAGAGGCUCGUCCAAGAGAACAUAAACGACAAAAAGCACAUAAAAAGUCUAUACGAUACAAUCGAAAGUUUGGAAAGUCGCUGCGAAGACUUGCAGCACCUGGUCGACGACAUGGGCCACUUAAAGAAAGACGACAGCGUGGUCAGCGAGGGCAGCGGCAGCGGAGGAGCAGUGAUCGAAGAUCAAGACGAAUAUGCUAAACUUGCUUCACAAUUGGAGCAUGCGAAAAAUCUAAGAGUCAAGGAACAGAGAAAAGUGUCUGAACUAGAACAAAACGUGUCCUUACUCAUACAGGAGAACACCAGUCUAGAAGAAAAAGUGAGUGUGAUGCAACAAAAAGACGAAGAACUGAAAACGCUCCAAGAUCAAAUCGUCUAUUUGGAAGAAAUUAGACAAGGAAAUCUAUGUCGGCGUUGUCAGCGCAGCACUGACCCAAACCUAUUCGACGAGUACUCAGUGUACGACGACGAUGAUGACACGGAUGAUAUUAGCGCUAUAGGAUCAUAUGUCGAAACUCACAAACACGAAGUCUUGCAGCAAUUACAAGAGACGUUGGGGGAGAACUAUUCCGAGGACAACCCGUACCGGAUAUUGGUGGACAAAUACGAGGCGCUGUUGAAGAUCCAACAGAAGCACAACGCGUUCACGCCGAUGGUGCCGUCCGCGAACCACAACAACAACAACAACAACAGCAAGGACGGCCAGAACCGGGGCAUAUCGCUACACGAGGAGCUGCAGAUGUCUGGGCAGUUCUCGUCGUUUAACGGCAACGCGUCGGACAGCGACGAUAGCAGCGACGACGACGGCAUGCCGACCAAGGGACGGGCGGCGCCAAGCGGAGGGGCCAAUAAUUGCAAGUACUCAGAGACGGAAACGACGUCGUCGUCGGGCUUUUCGGACGAGACGAGCAACAAGUGCACACAGACGGAGACGUUCUUCACCGGUUCGUUCCUGUGCACCAUAUCGGACGGCGACGACUGCCGGUUCAGCAUCUACGACGACGCCAGCCCCGUGGAGAGCCGGUUCCGGAAGACGCCCGAGUACCGGCAGUUGUUCCGCGAGAUAUUCGCCGUGCUCAAGCGGGCGGCCGAGGCCAAGGACGAGGGUGAGCGGCUGCCGCUGCUCCAGGACGACGACCGCGGCUACGAGGGCGAAGACUUCGACGGCGCGGACGACUCGCCGUCUGUCGGCCGCUCGACCGCGUCGGCCACCGCCACUCCACGAGUGCCACCGGCCACGCCCGCCUGCGAGCACAACCCGCUGAUGUCGACCAUAGAGCAGUCGGUGACGGACGAAAUGCGUCCGGCCACUCCGCCGCCACAGCAACCGCUGCAGGCGGACCAACAGCAGCAACCGCAACCACAGCAGAGAGCCGAACACCAGCAGAAACGAGCCGAACAUCAGCAGCAGCAGCGACCGGCUGUGGCCGAGCAACAGCAGCAGCUGCUGCAGCAGGAGCCGCGCGCGGACGCCCGCCGUCACCGCCGGGACAUCAUCGAGGAGCUGGCGUCCACGGUCAAGCACAAGAAACACGUCCGGCACCGCAAGUCGGCCGCGGCCAGUCAACAGUCCAGGGACAUCAGCCACCUGCUGGAUUUCAAGUGGACCGACCAGGUGACGCGCCGGCCGCCCAGGAGCGGCAGCGGCGACAGGCCUCCGUCGUCGCACCGGUCCACGUGGUGCGCCGCGCCCAAGGACUGCAGCGCGGAAGCGUCGCCCGCCGUGGCCCAACCGUACGCGAGCACAGCGUCCCAGGAAGUGGCCCAGCUCAAGCUGCUGGAGAUGUCGUACGCCGAGGUGUUGAGACGGAGGAAAGCGCCGCCGACGUCGUCCAACAGGCCGCAGUCGCAGCACAUUAACAGAAACGCGCGUUGA